AUGGCUCCCCGUAAGCCCCGCUGCAACUUCAAGGAGUGCAAGGAAGCCGCCCAGCGCAUCGUCGGCGACUGCAGCUUCUGCCACGGCCAUUUUUGCUCCAAGCAUCGCAUGCUCGAGGCCCACUCCUGCACCGGUCUGGAAGACUGCAAGAAGGAAUCCCACGCUCGCAACGCCGACAAGCUCAACAACGAACGCACCCAGGUCAUUAAGGGUGUAUGA